AUGCUAUCUAUCUAUCUAUCUAUUAUUCAUCUCAUCUAUUAUUCAUCUAUCUAUCUAUGUCUGUUCAUAUCUAUCUAUCUAUCUCAGUCUGUUCAUAUAUCAUCUAUCUAUCUAUUCUAUCUAUCUAUCUAUCUAUCUAUCUAUCUAUCUAUCUAUCUGUUCAUCUGUUCAUCUAUCUAUCUAUCUAUCUAUCUAUCUAUCUAUCUAUGUCUGUUCACAUCUAUCUAUGUAUCUCAUGUUCAUAUCUAUCUAUCUAUCUAUCUAUCUAUCUAUCUAUCUAUCUAUCUAAUUCAUCUAUGUCUGUUCUCAUCAUGUAUCUCAGUCUGUUCAUAUCUAUCUAUCUAUCAUUCAUCUAUCUAUAUCAUCAUCUAUCUAUUCAUCUAUCUAUCUAUGUCUGUUCAUAUCUAUCUAUGUAUCUCAGUCUGUUCAUAUCUAUCUAUAUCUAUCUAUCUAUCUAUCUAUCAUCUAUCUAUCUAUCUAUCUAUCACAUUCUGUUCAUAUCAUUCAUCUAUCUAUCUAUCUAUCAUCUAUCUAUCUAUCAUUAUCUAUAUCUAUCACAUUCUGUUCACAUCUAUCUAUCACAUUCUGUUCAUAUCUAUCUAUCUAUCUAUCUAUCUAUCUAUCUAUCUAUCUAUCUGUUUGUACGAGGAGGGUCUGAGUAAUUUUAGUCCGUUCUCUUUCUUCAAAACUGAAUAA